AUGGCAGAAGCUGGAAUAGAAACACCUCCAGCAGAUGAAAAUGAUGAUAACUGGCUGUACGGAGACUCCAACAAUGAUCAAAACGAGACAAAAGCCCCCAGUGUAAGCGACAAGGAUCAGCAACAAAUUAACACUUCGGAUGAACUUGCCACUGAAGAGACUGAAGGUAAUGAAGUCACCAACGACGACUCUCAUUUCAACGAUGAACACUUUGGAGAAGUGGAUCGUGAAGAUCAGGAUCAAACGAAUGGAGACGCCGACAGCCAGGACAAUGGGGAUUCGGAUUCAGAUGAUAGUGACGACGUUAAAGUUACUAUUGGCGAAAUUAAAUCGGGGCCACAAGCUUAUGCCAGUUUAAAUAUUAAGCGUGGAGUAGGCCUCGUAGCCGCCGGUGGAGAGAAACCACGGCCAGGUCCAGCUGCUGGAAGCAAAGUGACACUGGAAGAUUUGGAAGGACCCGGAAGCAUAAAUGGAGUGCCAGCUCUUGAAUUUAACAUAGAUACUAUCGAAGAUAAACCCUGGAAUAAGCCUGGUGCUGAUAUAUCAGACUACUUCAACUACGGCUUCAACGAGGUGACGUGGAGCGCGUACUGCGAGCGGCAGCGGCGCAUGCGCGUCAACGAGGCGGGCGUGGCGCUGCACGCCGGCCCGCCGCCGCGCGCGCCGCCCGCCGACGCGCGCCGUCCCCCAAGACAUGAUGAGAUGCCGCCUGGAAUGCCGAACAACUAUCAGUCUCGUGAAAAUACUAUUCAGGUGAUGACGGCGGAGCGGCGCGAGUACGGGCGCACGCACGGGCGCGACGCGGCGCCGGACUACUUCAGCGCGCCGCCGCCCGAGCACUACUACCCGCCCGCGCCCUACGACGAGCCCUGGGGUACCGCAUUUACAGCUCAUCCGGAACAAAGCGGCUGGGCGCCGAGUGAAAUAAAGGAGUUAACUCCGGGUCCAAUGGGCCCCCCUGCCAUGGGUCCCCCGAUGGGGAUGACGCCCCCGCUAGGCCCUCCGCACAACAUGCCCCCUUCUCACGUGUUGGGGGCCCCGUUCCCGCCCCAAUACCGCUCGCACCUCCCACCACACCUGCAUGAGCGGGACAGGGAUAGAGAGCGAGACAGGGAUAGAGAGCGGGACAGGGACAGGGAUAGGGAGCGCCUCAGGGAGAGAGACGACAGGGAUCGCAGGGAUAGAGACAGGAGAGACGAGGAAGAGAGAGACAGAGAUAGAGAUCGUGAACGUUCGCGUUCCAUUAAACCAGACAGAGCGAGAGAAAAAUCUUACAGACGGGAACGUUCCCGCUCGAGGUCGAGACGCCACAAGUCCCGCUCGCGCUCGCCGCGGCAACGGGAGCGCUCGCGGGACCGGGACCGGGAGCGGAGCAGCAAGUCCAAGAACAAGGAGCCCAAGGACAAGGACGAUGAUAAAUGAUUCGUGUCACAACAGGAUCGAAUUCGUUUGGAGGCAGAUUGAAAUGUGUGAAAAGUUACAUAUAAAAGUUUAUACUUUUUUUUUGUUCUUUGUCUUCAAGUUAGGGUCAAGGUUAAAGUUGCUUCGUAUCUUUUCAUUCUGCGUGAAAAUUAAGUUUGAUAUCAUCGUAGUCUGUUUGUUUUAAACUUAAAUGUUUUUGUGAUUGACUAUUCUUUAAUUAAGUAAUUAAAACGUAUAUAAUGUAUUAAAGCUUUUGUAUAAUAAUUAUUUCACUUUCUAUUCAUUUUAAUAAGUUUCCAAACGAAUUUUUCGCUAGACCAUUUUGUGUAGUACACAAUACCUGUGUGGGCUUUAGUUGUAAGUUAGAUUUAAAAGAAUGGAUUAAUUAAAUAAUAGUUCAAA